GAUUUUUUUAAUACUUUUUGACUUUUUAUGAGUUUUUUUAUUUUUAUUUUAAAUAAUAAUAAUUUAAUUAAUGACAUUUAUACAAAAUGAAAAAUCCUGGUCCUACAUAAGGUUAUCCCCCAACUAGUAGUGGCUAGAAUUACCUUUGCAGCCAAACACUCCCUCAAAUCCCUAAACAGAAAUUUACGCGCCAAAAUAUUUUCAGAGGAGCCAAGAAAAAGAAGAAGAAUGAUAGGAUUAUCAUUAUAUAUACAUCGAUACAUAUAUAUAUAUAUAUACAAACUUCUUGGGUGAAGAGUAGUAGUACGUAAUUAUGGCCGCAAUCGGAUGGUACGGACCUCUGAUCGAUCUCUCCAAAGCUGCUUCUCACAUUGGCGAUUACGUUCAGUUACUCGUUUUCAUUCACAGAUCUACUCCCAUUCAGUAUAAGAUGGCGAAAAGAGGUGGAGAAGUUAUUAGGACAGACAUUCAGGUCGGUGACGAUACACGCAGAUUUUUUUCUGUAUCCAUUUGGCAAAAGCAAAUUGGUUCCAUGGUUUUUGCUGGUGAUAUUGUUUUGCUGCAAAAUGUCAAGGUUACAAAAUUUGGAGAUUUUGUUGAGGCCAGAACCAUCCAAUGCUCAUCUUUACAAUGUUUAGUCCACCCUAGUGAAUCACUUGUUUCUAAGGGUGUGGAGGGCAUCAUAGGGGAAUGUCGAGUUGGUGUAAGAACAAAGGAAAAGCUUAGGAAAGUUAUUGAGUGGGUGCAGCAAACUGGGUCCACUCUUUGCAAUGUGCAAUUGCACAGGCACCAACCUAUGAGGCAACAAUCUAUAAACUGGAAAGUGCAUGAAGAGAGAGGCUCUCAGGACUUCUUUUCUCUUUUAGAAGUGUCACAUCUAACUGAUUCUUGCAAGGCUACUUUCUAUGCAUCCAUUGGUGAAAUUUUUCUGAAACAUCUUCAUGAAUCUGAGGAGGAGAGGAUGUUCAUCAGUAGGAGAUUAUGGACAACGGGAGAGAAUAAUUUGACUGAAGAUCUCAUUUGCUCUGGUUGCCAACUAUGCGGCUCUCCAUUGAAUUCUGAGUCUACUACGUUCGACCAAAGCAACAUUCCACUCUAUUGUCCAAAAAGCACUAGCCACCUCCAUUUAAUAACCUCAAUAUACAGACCCUUCAUGUUAUACGUAUGGGAUGACUCAAAAUAUAUUCCUCUCCUCGUCAAAAACAAGGCUGCUGAACUCUUGUUUGGAAACAUCAAGGCUGAGAGAGUAUACUCCUGCUAUAGAGAGCGAAAUCAUGAUCAAACCCCUAAUGCAAACAAUGUUCAGAACACGGAUCAUUCUGAUGCAAGAGCUACUACUACUCAGCUGAAUGCUGCCGAGAGUGAAGUUAACUGUCUUCACCCUCCACGGGAAGGUAAGAGCUUGGGACAAAAGGGAAAACAGAAGUCUGAAGCCCCAAACUUGUAUUUGAUUUGGUUAGUAUUGCUUAAAGUUUUGAUGCAACAAGGGAAGAAUAGUCCUCUGAAAUUCAAAGUUACAGUCAAUGUGGGCAGAGAUUGGGAAAGCGGGAGAUUUGAAAUGGUUUCUGUGUCGAUACCAUGCUUUGGAAUGAUGGCGUCCUCGGUUUAGGUUACUGUUAUACUUAUUUCUAUGUCUAUAUCUAUAUCUAUAUAUAUGAGCAUAUAGUAGCAAUAAAAUAGCAAAAAACAACUCAUGCAUCCAAGUCUAAUUGAUUGGAAUACAAGGCUUUGUUGGUUUGCAGGUUCUUAUUGUUUACUGACCAAUUAGUUUGGUUGUAUUUUCGUUAUGUUUUCUAUUUUCAUUUUCUGGAAAACACAAGAAACUCAUUUGAAUAAUUGUUUUUGAGGAACUAUUUUAGGGAAACUCAUUAACAGUCCGUAUGCCUUCAA